AUGGGAGGAAAUAAAUCAGCCGUUUGCUGGCAUGCAUUGGCCCUGCUGCUUUUGCUGAUGGGCACUAAAAACGCGGAAACAGUUUCGGCGGCGGAGUACACCAUCAAGCUGGAAUCGUCCGGAUCGGUGGUGCUGGGCGGAACGAUGGAAUUCCGUGCCACGCUGCUGACCGAUGGGAAGGAGCUGGAGGAUAAGUACAAGGUCACCUGGACGGAUAACAUGAACCCGCCGAAUACGAAUGGGGGUGAAAGUACUAAACCAUAUUUCAACUGGACGAUAUCCUACGGGAACAACCACAACGCCGGUAACUACAGGGCAACGAUUUCCGUUAAACGAUACAUCUACUUUGUCUACUACGAGGUUGCCGAAAAGUCGAUUGGAUUCAACCUAACCAGCCUUCUUAACGGUCAGCUGCAAUUGACUCAGAACCGGAGCGUUGUCGACACGGACUACAUAUCGAGUGCAACCCCUCUGAAUCAGACAAUCGUGCUUACCGAAAGCGAUCAACGUGUCCUGGAGAAGGCCACCUACACCCGGACCUAUUGGUUCAUCAACUGCCAGUACAUCGGCACGUCGGACGAGUUCACCAAGCUAGAUAACUACACAUCGGAAAACCAGAACUACACCAUCGAGGCGUUGGUGGUGGCAUCCUUUGAAAAGGUAUUUCUCGCAUAA